UUUCCUGGUGCCGGUCAAGUCCUCUUUGAACAAGCAAUAUCUGGAACGUUUUUGGAAUUGGGUCAAGUUCAACAAUGCCUGGGUCAAAGAAGGGACAGAGCGUCUUGGAUGCAAACAGGAAAGUAAGUCAUGGUGACUUGUCUGUUACUUGUAACGAUGUGUCUGAUGUGAAGCAUGACAUGGUUGAUGUUACUGUUUCGCCGUCCAGGGAUAAUAGGAACAUCAAACUCCCUAAAUUUGAACCAUGGUGUUUUGAUGGAAACCCAGCUGAUUAUUUACAAUUUGUAAAGAAGUUUCAGAUCAUGUUGAGUAGUUUUUUAUUAAGUGAUGAAUUGAAGUUAAUGUAUUCGAUGAGGUAUUGCACUGGAGAUGCUUCAAGAGCUAUACAGUGCUGUAAGUUUAUGAAUCCAAAAGAGGGCUACUACGAGGCUAUGAACAUAUUACGUCAAAGGUUUGGAAGACCUUCGAUGAUUGCAGGGAAAUUAUUCAAGGCUGUUAAGGGUAAUGGUGGUCAAUUACAGGAUGACUCCCAGGAACUCACUGAGAUUUUAGAUAAUUUGCUAAUUCACAAGAAUGCAAUGAUUUCGAUGAAUCGCAUGAGUGACAUCAACUCGAGUUUUAUACUAGAAGUAAUAGCAAGACGCCUACCUACUCGACUGCAAAGGAAGUGGGUGAAGAUAAGCUCCCGUAUGGAGGAUGAGGGUAUCGAGCCAAAAUUUGAUGAUAUCCUGAAACUAGCAAAAGAUAGUGUCAAUCAAUCGAUGAGCAAGUUUGCCAGUAUAUUGAAUCUCACCCCUAGAAUAGAGCAGUCUGAGAGCAAAACGCAAUCAUUGAUGACGAGUAGGCCUCAGAGAGGUGGAUAUCGAGAAGGCUCCAUGAUGUCUAGUAAUGCAUAUAGACCUAGUGAGUGUAACAGGAUUCGUAGUACAUCCUCAACAGAUAAGUUACAAGAUGCAAGACAAACACGGUUGUGUCUUACACGUGUGCAAGAGGUGCAUACAGAAGUGAACUGUGAACCAGUGAGCAAGUUCAGUGAUAAGCUGAAUGUAAACUCCAGGCCUGACUCCGAAUUGUGUGACGAUAACGGUGCGGUGAAGAAGUCUGUAGUUGCAACUGGUAAGCCAUUGUUGAAUAGAGUGUCACAGAAUAGAGUUAUUGCUUCAGAAUGCAGUUCUGACUCCACAAGUUUACAAAGUAUUACUAGUCAGAGUGAAGAUAUAAAACCUUUUAGGAUUUGCGAGGAGGAACCAAAAUUGUCUACUUCUGUUAUUAAAGAGUUUGAAAAUGAUGAAGUUGACGGUAAAGUGAAUAAUUGUGAUAAUGAUCAUGAUAGUGCAGAUUUGUCUUUGGUUGAUCAUGAUGAGAUGAGGGAUAUGCCUACUACUGCUAAUUUGAACAAAGGUUCUGUACAACUACAACGUGAAGUAGAAUUGAACGCAGAUGCACUUCCAGAAGGUGUGCAUACUUGUGAGACAGCCGGUGUAAUUGAUCAGCGUGUAGCCCACUUAUCAUCAGAUGAUAGUGCUAAACCUGAGCUGAUAGUAAAACACACCAGUGGUGGUGGUCUUGCAGGUAGACAUAUUUCUGAAAGCCGAGCGACAACAGCUUCUGAUCCACCGCUAAGUUCAUCACCUUGUGUCACCCAGUCAUCGUUGGUGUUGUCAUCCACAAUGAAACAGACGCCCAUCAACUCAAGUAUCUUGUGCUAUGACUAUGCUAGUACCAGUCCGUUUGAAAAGACGAAAGAUAUUGCUCAGUUUAGUGAGAAUAAGCCAAGUGUAAACGAGAGAGUAAUUGUUAAAUUGACUUGCACGAAUAAAGGCAUUUCUAGUUUCAAGUUACUAUUUGAAUGUUAUUAUCUUUGGUGUAAAUUACUCUGUUUCUACACUUGGUUGACCAGAUACGUCGUGUGUUUGUUCGUCAUCUAUAUUCUAAGAUACAAUGACAUGAGCGUGUUUCCGUUCAGAUUUGAGGAUAUAGCUGAUAGAAGGAAGUUAGCAAAUGAACUCUGCAACGAUUUUCCAACCUAGGGCGUCAACCUGAGAAGGGUUGUAGGCGUACUGCUGUAAGUCCUACAAUUCUCCAAAGAGUAGUGCAUCAAUGAGCAGUCCAAUGUGCUUGGUGUGCGAUUUUGUACAUAUGUUCAUACUGUAUAUACUGAAUUGAUGCCAUCUGUCAUCUAGCUGUUGGUAAUUCUGUUUGUGUCCGGACAUUCCACAACUUGCAAUCGUCAAACUGUGAAGGGUUGUAGGCGUACUGGUGUAAGUCCUGCGAUUCUUCAAAGGAAUUCCAUCAAGACAUGAACUGCGAGUUUGUGUGUACUGUUUGUAUAUACGUGUGGUGUGUCAUAUCAAUUGGUGUUUUUGGAUUCAUUGUGUUUACUCGUUGUUCUCGUACCUUGUUUUUAUUGCAUAAUUUUGUUAAAAUUUUCGUCGUGAUUACUUCUGAAGUUGUUUCUUGUCUUCUACAUCCGUGAAUGAAUUGAUUGAUGUUAAGGACAGCAGAUGGGUCG